UACUAUCUACACUCGAACUUAUCAUCUCACGUCACUGUCGCGCACAUCGUAUUUUAUUACCCCUGGGCAAAUUUAGAGAAUAUGACGACCGACUCUCGUGUUGACCAAGCUGUAACUGUGUCACUCAAUGACCUGAAGAAUGGAACCGUGCCGUUGGAGACUCUUCAGGAGGCCUUCGGUCCCGAUUCGCUCGGCAUCUUGGUAGUGAAGGAUGUCCCGCAGGAGUUUGCGCAUCUACGGCGCCAGACAUUAUCUUACGCCUCUUACCUGGGCAACCUGCCUCCCGCCGAGUUAGCAAAGCUGGAGAAUCCCAAGGCCAAGUAUCUAACAGGCUGGUCGCUGGGGAAAGAGCAGCUGAAGAACGGCCAGGUAGACACGUUCAAGGGCUCUUACUACGCCAACUGCGCUUUUUACAUUGACCCGUCGCUGGAUUGCGCCAAGCCCACGGCCAAGUUCUCGGCCGACAACUUCCCCGAGUAUCUGUCGCCCAACGUGUGGCCGGAUGAGACGGUGCUGCCCGGGUUUAGACCGAGCCUGGAAACCCUGUGCCGACUCAUCAUCGACACGGCCGUGCUCGUGGCGAGGGCGUGCGACCGAUUCGCGGAGCGCGACAUCCCCGGGUACCCGAAAGGCUACCUAGAGCACGUAGUCAGCAUGAGCAACACGACGAAAGCGCGUCUGCUGCACUACUACCCCCAGGCACAGAGCGCUCUGGCGGUAGAGGGGGAUAAAACGAAGGAGGGGGAGGAGGAGGAGGAGGAUGACUGGUGCGCGACGCAUCUGGACCACGGGUGUCUAACGGGGCUGACGUCGGCCAUGUUCAUCGACGAGCAGCGGGCGUCGCCUGCCGUGCCGGGGCCUGGGGACCUCCCUUCGUCCGGGACGAGCGCGAGCCUGCCGCCGCUGGAGGAGCUGGCGGCGAGCCCGGACCCGCAGGCCGGGUUGUACAUCAAAUCGCGGACGGGGCAGACGGUGCAGGUCAGGAUCCCGCGGGACUGCAUCGCCUUUCAGACGGGUGAGGCGUUAGAGAAGAUAACGGGGGGUCGGUUCAAGGCGGUGCCGCAUUUUGUGCGAGGGGUGCGGGCAUCGGUGAGCGAUGGACGGAUUGCGCGGAAUACAUUGGCGGUGUUCACGCAACCGAACCUGGGGGAGGAGGUGGACAUUGAGCAGCACAUUACGUUUGGCGAGUUUGCUCGGGGCGUUGUGGCUAAAAACACGGUGUAGGGUGCGGUAUCGAUGUUUAUAAGGUACCUACGAGUACUCCGUACAGUACCUAAUUACCUUAGUAUCCCGUACCAUUAGGUAGACCACCCACGGACCGGCGUGCUACACGUGUGUACUCUAGCGUGUCAUCAACCCCGCCCCCGCCCCCGCCCACUGUAGGCGUCGUUUUUAGUCGU